AUGCAACUGCAUUCACGUUUCAUUAAAGACGACGAACGAAAUGAAUUGAAAAAACAGUUUCAUAAAGGUCCUGACAAACCAGCAAUGGUAUAUCAAGUUAAAAAAGCAGAAUUGCCAAGCGAUGCCAUGGCUUCAGGUAACAGAAUGGGUUGUGGGGUUCAACUGACAACUAUGCAGAAAAUCGCAAGUGAAGGUCGUCAGCUAUCUCAAAUGGAUAGGGACAUCACUAAAUCGUUGGAUAAGAUUAGACAAAAGCUGAUAGAAAAAGAAUCUUCCCGCGAACGUCCGCCCAAUCCUGGACAUGGUGGGUUUGUUCACACGAUCGGCUAUCAUCCGCUAAUUGUUCACAUGUGGAUUGAAGAUGAAGUACGACUAUGGCAUAGUAGAUGCGGUGAUGAUAUAUCGUAUUUGGAUGCAACAGGAACAAUAGUUGCGAAUUACAAUGGCAAAAGAGUUUUAUACUACGGCCUAGUGGUCCGACACCCAAAUGAAGGAGAUCCUGCAGUAGCAGAAAUGAUUACGAGUGAUCAUAGCUCUGGCAAUAUAUGUGCGUUUAUCGAGAGAUUUAGGCGCGAUGAGUCCAGAAUAUAUAGCGGACAGUUAACUUCCCCAAGGCAAUUGAAUACAGAUUAUUCCAAAGCAAUAUUGCUGGCAGUGCUCAAGGAAUCCAACAACGAAACAUUAGAAACAUUUCUUCAACAAGCUUUUCGCAUUAUAAACAAGAGAGGAACGACAAGAGAUUACGAGCUCACAAUUCCACAUGUAGGAUGCAGUCAUUUCAUGCAUAUAGCACACAGGAAGAUCAAACAAUUGGCACGUUCUACGGAGAACGAAAGGUAUCACAAUAGCAUGUAUUCUGUGCCUUAUUAGUGAAUGCACGAACAUUAUUACACAAAUUUGUCACUAUUCUGGAAAAUAUAGUUGUAUGUCUAUCUUGUAAGAAGCAAACUAAAAUGUGUUUGGUCUCGUUCCGUAAACAUUCAGGGCGUGUGAACCACAUGGAGAAAGAAUCUAAUAUAAAUCUUAAGGAUUUUGAAACAGAGAAGGAAAGUGUGACUAAGCAAAGCCAAGAACAUGACAUUGAGAAUGAGACAAAACCUGGAAACCCCUUAGUUGACUAUUUCGAGACGAAGUUAAGCGACAUAGAGAAACGUGUUGAGAAAGAUAGUAUGCAGGCACCCGAUGCAUUAGCAGAUAAUAGAAGCUACUCCCUGCAAUUCUUGACAUUUAUCAAAAAGUACCUCACAGAAAUGCCAUUAUGGUCAGGCGUAUUAUUAGGAAGAUUGGAUCGAUACAGAAAAGAUCCUUGUACAACUAAAAAAACGGGAAGUUAA